UCCCCGCGACGAGUCCAGGAACCGGCCCACAUCUCCGAGCUGUCGAGCAGAGCGCGAGCUCCGAGAGUUUGCAGCCCGCAUCAGCUCGAGAGAAGGAAAGAAAACACACACACACACACACACACACACACACACACACACACACACACACACACACACACACAGAAUAAGCGCCAUUGAUGUCUUGUCUUAUAGACUGUUGAGAAACUGAGCUUGCCAAAGUGAGUGAGAAGAGAAGAGAAAAGAAGAGAGGAGAGGAGAAGAGAAGAGAAGACUGGCGGGGUUUAGUUUUCCUUCUUCUUCCUCUUCUUCUUGGGACCAGUGAUGGAAGAACUCACUGCUUUCGUGUCCAAAUCCUUUGAUCAGAAAGUGAAAGAGAAGAAAGAGGCGAUCACGUACCGGGAAGUGCUGGAGACGGGCUCGGCGGCGCGAGCCAGGGAAGCGCUCCCGGUUGAAGCAGGGCGCGAGGACGCGAGCAUUCUAGCGCGAGGAGCCGUCGCGCGCUCACCGGUCAGAGAAGCGGACAUGACGGGGCCGGAGAGGACAAGGGACACGGGGAGCCCCAAACUUACAGACGGCAUCCUGGACGUGAAAGAACGCAAAGAGGACGCCAAGCCGACAGAGGACGAGACGCAGACUAAAAUCAAGCAGAGGAGAAGUCGGACUAACUUUACUCUGGAGCAGCUGAACGAGUUGGAGAGGUUGUUCGAUGAGACGCACUAUCCGGAUGCGUUCAUGCGCGAGGAGCUGAGUCAGCGGCUCGGGCUGUCCGAAGCGCGCGUGCAGGUUUGGUUUCAAAACAGGAGAGCCAAAUGCAGAAAACAGGAAAAUCAGUUACACAAAGGGGUGCUCAUCGGAGCUGCGAGUCAGUUUGAAGCGUGCCGCGUCGCGCCAUAUGUCAACGUGGGAGCUUUGCGCAUGCCAUUCCAACAGGUGCAGGCGCAGCUGCAGCUGGACAGCGCCGUGGCCCACGCGCACCAUCACCUGCACUCUCACCUGGCGGCGCAUGCGCCGUACAUGAUGUUCCCUGCGCCGCCGUUCGGCUUGCCUUUGGCCACACUGGCGGCGGAAUCCGCCUCGGCGGCGUCGGUGGUGGCCGCAGCGGCCGCAGCCAAGAACAACAACAAGAACUCGAGCAUCGCGGACCUGAGACUGAAGGCCAAAAAGCACGCGGCGGCGCUCGGACUGUGACGCGCCGGCGUGCUCGCGCACGCGCACGCACGCAUGCGCACACUUCCCACUCACAAUACUCGGACAAUUUAUUUAUACUCUCUAAUGAAGGACACUCCAGAAUAAAGGCUUAUUUAUGACAUGAACAACACAAACUGUGAAAAGCCUGUCACGGACACAGGUUGCUCUCAUGGACGAACCGGAAGCGGAAACAUUUGUCCAAGACAAACAUGUGAUGGGUAACGCAGCUGGGACACGUUCGACUCUUGUGUGACAAAGCGAGCACUUUCUGCGUAGUUUACUGUUUGAAUAUCUACAUUAUUAGUUACCUUUGAGGAAAAAAGAAAGUUAAAAAAAAAAAGAGGCUGGCCUCGUUUUAUCUGAAACAGUUUCUGGUGAAAAGGACACUCACCUAUGGAUGUCUGUGCGCAAGGACAACAACAACAAUCAUAUUAAAGCUUCUUUUUCCUAUUAAACGUGCCAUCACCCGAGCUCAGUGUCGCAGUGUGUUAUGACGUCAGCGCACUCACGUGAAAUCAGUACCCAGUUCAGAUGGUGAACUUGGACACCUUAAACGAUUUUGUUUGGGGAGGGGUUCUCGAGCCAGUGGACGUUUGGGGAAAACUUAACAAAAAAGAAAACUAUCACACAUUUUAAACACACUUUAAUUAUUAUUAUUAUUAUUAUUAUUAUUAUUAUUAUUAUUAUUAUUAUUGAGUGUAUGGUGAACUUAAUCCCAUAUCAGGUCUUUAUCCAAUACAGAGCAGAGUGUCCACUUUGGUUACAGUUUACACUGAGGUCCAAGUGUUAAUGUACAGAUCCAGAUCCAGAUGUUUUAGCUCCUGGGCGCAUUCGGUACGGGAACAUGUACAGUUUGUCAAAAUGGAAAGAUAUUUUGGUUAUUUUGUGCUUCAUGAAGAUAUUGUUGGAACACUUGUGGGCUUUUUUUUAAUUAUUAUUAUUAUUAUUAUUAUUAUUAUUAUUAUUAUUAUUAUUAUUAUUAUUCACACCGUGUGUUGAUAAUCAUGUGGAUCUCUAUGUAAUGUUGGUGGGUUGUUUUUUUGUUUGUUUGUUUGUUUUUUUGUUUGUUUUUAUAAAAUGAACGUACCUCGACUGCAGGCUCGGAUCUCCUGGAAUAUCCCUAAAAUACCUUUUACCAUUUAAAAAAAAAAAAGCAAAAAACAAAUUAUAAUUUCGUCAUUACUGUGAAACGUGAACUCACCUGA